AUGAGCUCCACCAAGGUGCUAGCUAGCGCCAUAUACUCAUUCAUUUUGCUGGUGAGCCUGGCGGCGGCAGCUGUGCAGCGAGCAUCGGCCGCUGAGGCUGGAGCGGCAGGAAGGGGUGGCAUCUUGCAUAUCCCUUCCGCUGCCGAACUAGCUCGGGCUCGCUGCCCUUCCAGAUGCGGGCAUGUUGACAUCCUCUACCCGUUCGGGAUAGGGCCGGGCUGCUUCCGGCAAGGCUUCGAACUCAUCUGCGACAAGCACACUACUCCUCCGAGGCUCUUUCUGGGCAACAGUACUAUUCAGGUCAAUACCAUGUAUCCCGGAGCGAGAAUAAUGGAAGCAUCUGCUGUCCACUUCAACGUUACCAUGAUAUCAGGUAUGGACACCUAUAACAUGUCAUGGGAGACCCCUGUGGAAGGUGUGACCACCACCGGAGAUUUUAACUAUUUGCACGUUGUUGGCUGCGGCGUGGGUGUCUACUUGUUCGGCCAUGAUACGAACGAUCCCAUGGGUUCUUGCAUGAGUAUUUGCCUAGAUGACAAAAAGGCCAUGAAGAAGGUGAAUGAUGCAGCAUCGCAUUACUUCGACCCUUAUAUUGGGAUGGGCUCCUGUUCCAUCCGUUUGGCAGAGGACGUGCGAGCCUUUGGCUUCAUGGUUGGCCGCCUGAAUGGUGGCGUCUGGGCACUAUCAGGUGACGUGCUCUCUAAUGUAAAAGUUUUCCUGUCCACGAGUUACAAAUUUGCUAUGAGCGACAUCUACUCAAGUCGGGUAGACGAAAGCAAUGUCGAAGGGGUAAUAUUUCAAAUAGCCAUCACAGACCAGCCGAAUUGUGCAAGUGCUCAGAAGAACAAGGCAACCUAUGCUUGUAACUAUAAAAGCGAUUGCGUGGACGUGCCGUCUGGAGGAUACGCGUGUCAUUGCCCUGACAACGGGGUGGCGCUAGUACAUGACAAUCCUUACAUCAUGGGCGGUUGCAGUCAAGCAGGUUACAAUCCCAACCCUAAAGGAGGUUGCAAGAGAUUAUGUGGGAAUAUGAGCAUUCCAUUCCCUUUUGGAACUGAAAAAGGUUGCUAUGCUCUUGACAAGUUUCGACUUAACUGUACAUCAGAAAACAUCACAAUUCUUGAUCGUGGGGGGGUAGAAUACAUUGUGGCCAACGUUUCAGUGAAUGAGGGAUAUCUGAGUGUUCAAGCCACACAAAACAAUUCAAACUACAACGAUGAAGAAGUCACUGUGAGUUCUGCAAGCAUAGGAGAAGACGACCUUCUGAACGAUUUUCUAUACUUAUCUGAAGAAUUUGAUAUGAAGAUGUGGUGGUCUGUACAGAAUUUAACAUGCUCGGUAGUUAUGGGCGAGGAAAAAAGGAGUAUGUACGCAUGCCGCAGUGCCAAUAGCACUUGCGUCAAUGUCACCCAUGGCCGUGAGAAUAGAACGAUGCAUCUUGGCUACCGUUGCAAGUGCACUGAAGGCUUUGAAGGAAAUCCAUACACGCCAGAUGGCUGUGAAGAUGUGAAUGAGUGCUUGUUGAUAAAUGUUUGCAAUGGAACAUGUCAAAAUUAUCCCGGAGGCUAUAACUGCAGUACCUGCACUCAUGGAAAAGAAUUCGAUCCACUAAAAGGAAGAUGUGUUACAUCAGCUAAGAGGCGCACUCUUCUUCUAGGUAUUGCAAUUGGAAUUGGAUGUGGCCUUGGUUCCAUAAUUCUUGGAGUAGGUGCAACCGUACUCAUCAACAAGUGGAAAAAAGGCAUACAGAAGAGGAUUCGAAGGACACACUUUAAGAAAAAUCAGGGCCUACUAUUGGAACAACUCAUAUUAGAUGAAAGCACCACAGAUAAAACAAAGAUAUUCUCCUUAGAGGAAUUAGAUAAGGCAACCAACAACUUUGAUGCCAGUCGUGUUCUUGGUCGUGGAGGACAUGGCACAGUUUACAAAGGGAUCCUAUCCGAUCAACGUGUUGUGGCAAUUAAAAAGUCCAAGCUAGUGGAGCAAACUGAGAUUGAUCAGUUUAUUAACGAGGUUGCCAUCCUAUCACAAAUCAUUCAUCGGAAUGUGGUGAAACUUUUUGGUUGUUGUCUCGAAACAGAGGUGCCUUUGUUGGUCUAUGAAUUCAUAUCCAAUGGCACACUACAUGAUCUUCUUCACAUUGAUGUAAGUGCUAAAUGCUUGCUUUCAUGGGAUGAUUGCAUUAGGAUUGCAGUAGAAACUGCAGGUGCUCUUGCUUAUCUGCACUCAGCUGCCACAAUACCAAUUUUUCAUAGAGAUGUCAAAUCUGCCAAUAUACUCCUAGCUGACAACUUUACUACCAAGGUUUCUGACUUUGGUGCUUCGAGAUCUUUAUCACUUGAUGAAACACAUGUAGUAACCAUUGUACAAGGCACAUUUGGUUACUUAGAUCCCGAGUACUACCACACUGGCCAACUGAACGAGAAGAGUGAUGUUUAUAGUUUUGGAGUUAUAUUAGUGGAGCUUCUGAUAAGAAAGAAGCCAAUCUUUCUUAAUGACCAAGAUAGAAAAGAAAGCUUGGCUCAUUACUUUGUGGAAGGACUUCAACAGGGAGUUCUAAUGGAAAUCAUGGAUCCCCAAGUUAUCGAAGAAGCUAAGCAGAAUGAAAUUGAUGAUAUGGCCUCUAUCGCAGCAGCAUGUUUGAAAACUAAAGGCAGAGAAAGGCCUACCAUGAAAGAGGUAGAAAUGAAGUUGCAAAUGCUUAGAACUACAAGAUUAAGGAGCCAACGUUCCCCCGGAAAUGAUGCAGAGAUUGAGUCAUCUUGGUGUCCAAAUGCCAGCAGCUCUGAUGCACAGGGCAACAUUAUCAAUAAUGUUGGUUUAACAGCUGCAGGCAUCUCUGAAAGGUAUAGUCUGGAGCAAGAGUUUAUGUCUUCAGCCAGUUUGCCACGAUAGUACGCAUAGCGUCACAUUUGGGUCAGUUACCCUAUAAUUCUAUAGAAAAAAAUAGGUAAUGUAUGAGGUCCAUUUAUAUGAGAGUAUAUGUAAUGUAAAUUUCGAUAUUAUAUGUGUAGC